CUUUCGACGGGACGUCAUGUACAACAUUGACAGCUGGUCGCAGUUGUUAUCCAAGACAUGGUCGUAACAGUUCCGUUUUUAUUGUUAGUGAAUGUUAAUUGUUUUUGAUGAUCUUGUAAAUAUAGUUGUUGGUGGUCUAAAAGAAGCGAAAAUGCAUGUGAAGUUUCUUUAAAAUCUAAGAAAACUCAAAUUGAAGUUUGUUUAGUGGUUCAAAGUCAUGGACAUUCAGAAAACAGUGACAAACGAAACAUAAGUAGAGUGCAAUAUCGCAAGAGAAAGUAGUGUGAGCCAAAAAAAAGCUUGAUAUUUGGCACAAAACAUAUUGAACCGGGGAAAACAACGAUAGAAACCCCAAAUAGUGCUCCAAAAACAUUGGCCGCAAAUACAUCGAAAGCAGCAUAAACAUAAACUGAGCUGUGGGGUGUUAUCAUAUCCUGUCAGUCGCAGCAGAGUCUGGGAAGCUUUAUUAGUACCUACAUAUAGCUCUUUCUGUGUAUAGUAGAAGAGCUGCAUUGUCUCUCUUUCGAGUUGGGGCGUAAACCAGAUUCUGCUGCCGAUGGUUGGUGCUUGCUUGCUUAGUGUGAAUGUGUAGUGAAGUGAAGGGAGUGAAAGAGGGGACUUAAAUUGAUUCCUAGCAAUUAAUCGUCUGACACGGGCACAGACAUCAAGAGUUGCACUCCAUUUGCAAAAAAAAAACGAAAAUCGAAAUCAUGCCCCACUAUUCUCAAUUUGGGGCGUUUUAGACAAACGACCACCACCAGCAGCAGCAGCAGCAGUGAGCUUCCACACGACUCUCGUUACGCGAGCGGACAAUUAGUGGAAAUUGAGUGUGGCAUUCGCAGCAGAUCUUCCGCGGGCGAGAUUCAAUUUAUUUCCGCUCUCCCCGCCAACCCGCAACGACGCAGCCUUCCGCAGCUGGCGCUAUGCCCCCGCUCAACAGCUUCAACAACAACAACAACAACGGCAAUGGAGGCACCACCGCAAGCGACAUCAUCUGUUCGCUCACCCAGUCCCAGAUGGCCAUCAACCAGCCGGGGAACGAAGUUGGUCCGAACGGGCGACCGCCCGUCUUUUCCUGCUCGCAGUAUCCGCAAAAGGUGCUGCUCAAUCUGAACGCCCUGCGGCAGAGUUCGCGGUUUUGCGACGUCGAGAUCGUCGUCGGAGACACGUCGCUCCAGGCGCACCGGUCGGUGCUGAGUGCCGCUUCCGCCUACUUUGAGGCCAUGUUCCGACCCGAGCUGGGACUGAGCGAGGGCAAGCAAAAGUCCGUCACGCUGCACUCGAUGCGGGCGGACAUACUGAAGCUGCUGAUCGAUUUUGUGUACACCGGCCAGAUUGAGAUCAAACAGAACAACGUCCAGGAGCUGCUCGCGGCCGCCGACAUGAUCCAGCUGCCGGAAGUGGUCGACGGAUGCUGCGAGUAUCUGUGCCGGGAGCUGCACUCUUCUAACGCGCUUGGCAUUCUCCGGUUCGCCGAAGCCCACAACUGUCGCCAGCUGGCGGAAACGGCCGCCACCUACGUGUACACCAACUUCCCCAAGGUCGCACUGGACGAGGACGAACUGCUGGAGAUUCCCCACACGCUGCUGAUGAAGGUGAUCUCGUCGGAAUCGCUUCGGGUGGACACGGAGUAUCAGGUGUUUAAGGCGGCUUUGCGCUGGAUCAAGCACGACGUGGUGCCACGUCGUCGGUACGUGUUUGAGAUUCUGUCGCACGUCCGGUUGGCGCUGGUUCCGGUGGGUCUGAUCGAUCAGGCGAUUGCUGACUGUAGGGACGUUUCGUUGAAAAUCGCUCUGCGUUCGGUGCGCAAGGAUUUGACUUCCAAGCGCGGACAGCUGGUGCCGUUGCGCGUUUGUCCACGGGUUUGUGCAAAGAAGAGCAUUUACAUCAUUGGCGGGUCGAGGCGCGAGCAGAAUGCCGGAUGGACUCCGGCGGAUUGCAUCUUCGAGAGCGUCAUCAAGUACGACAUCUUCCGGCGGGAGUGGGUCGAAUCGGCACCGAUGCAAAUUGGACGAAUUCUGCCCGGAGUGGCCACUCUCGGGGGGAAGAUUUUUGUGAUCGGUGGCGAACGUGGCAGUCAGAUACUGGCCAACGGAGAGGUUUACGACACGCAGAACAACAACUGGGAAGCGAUGGCACCGAUGAUCGUGCCGCGGUGCGAGUUUGGCCUGUGUGCGUUGGGUGGAACGCUGUACGCCAUGGGCGGAUGGAUCGGCGAGGACAUAGGCGGUUCGAUCGAGUGCUUUGAUCCAAUGAAAAAUUCCUGGCGUAUGGUUGGCGACCUGCCUGAACCAAGGUUCAGCAUGGGAGUAGUUAGCUUUGAAGGCCUAAUCUACAUCGUUGGAGGUUGCACAACGUCCAGCCGUCACCUGCCGGAUCUUAUUAGCUACAAUCCGAUAACGCACGAGUGGAACUCGCUGGCCCGGAUGCAAACGUCCCGCUGUCAAAUGGGUGUCGCCAUUCUGGAUCGCUAUCUGUACGUCGUCGGUGGCAACAGCAGCCAACAGGAAGUGCUCUGCACGGUGGAAAAAUACUCGUUCGAUGAAAACAAAUGGUCCAUGGUGGCACCGAUGUCGGUGAGCCGUGCAAGCCCUGCGGUGGCCGCCGCCGACGGACUGUUGUACGUGGCCGGUGGCGAUCAACCGUGCGAGAUUAUUUACCGGGCGCAGGUUACCAUCGCUUCGUUCGAAUGCUAUGAUCCGAUAAACGACCAGUGGAAGCACUGUCCAGAGUUGCCGACAAGCCGAUCAGAGGCGGGUGCAGUUGUGGUUUGAAGUUGGCAAGCACAAGAUUUUGUCAAAUGUUGCUGAUAAAAUUACGUAUUUUUGACUAGUCUGAUUUUAAAAUGCCGUCGGAAUUUGUGAAAUUUAUUUGAAAUAAAUAGCACCACAUUAGCAAUAAUUUAUUAGGUUUGCACCAAAACAUGCUUUUGCUUCUUUUAUCGUUAUAAAUUGCACCAACGAUUGAUCGAAUCAUUAUUUAACCAAAGAUUUUCAUAGCGGCGCUAAGUUGUGAUUCCAUAUAAUACUAAUUAAUAAAAACCAUUGAUAAAAAUUUAAAAAUUCCUAGACGUAUUCCGUUGUUUGUUGUGAGUAAAUUUGUAUUGGGAUUACAAAAAUAGAACAUAUAUAUUUGUAUAUUCGCAAAAUUUUGUUAAUGUGACGGGAUGGAAAAUAUUUCGCUUAAAUGUUCUUGAAUAAACGUUUAUUUAGCUCUAAUUAAUAU